AAGUCACACUGGUUUGUAUUUCAAUGGCGACGCAGGGAAAGCAUGGCACGACUUAAACAACUCCAUCGUAUAUUUGUUGUCGGAUCAUUAUUUGCAGUCACUUUAUAUCUUGUACACGUAACUAUCCAAAACAAUAUAUUUUACCGUGAUUCUCUCCAUUAUGGAGCACAAAAAGACGCAUACUCAGAUCUGAAAAGAGAUUCACAGAUUGAAAAGAAACAGACAAGCGUGGACCAGAGUCAUUCUGUUUUUUCUCGAUGGGAUGCCAUGGAACUCGGGGAUGUGUGUGUUUUUGGGAAACACAGGCAGAAGAAAGGAUUUCUUACCAUUGGUAUUCCGUCUGUCAAACGAGCAAAGGGGACCGUGUAUCUGUUGCAGACGAUUUCUUACAUAAUAAACAUGACGUCACCAAGUGAGAGGGAGAAAAUUGUUUUAUUGGUGUUCCUGGCAAAUUUUGAUACACAAUACAAUGAAAAUGUCUUGAAAAGUAUCAGCGCAAAAUUUGAUGAUUACAUGAAGAGUGGAUUUAUCCUAGUGAUGCAAGUUCCAGAAAAAAAUUACCCUCCGUUAGAAAAUUUGAAGAGGAAUUAUAAUGAUUCUCCGGAGAAAGUAAAAUGGCGAUCGAAACAGAAUGUUGAUUAUGCUUUUAUGUUUCUGUACGGAAGAAAUAUUUCAAAAUACUAUAUUCAGAUUGAAGACGAUGUGGUUCCAGCCCGUGGAUUCACCAAAGACAUACGUGCUUUUAUCAUAGAAAAUAGCAAAAAGCCAUGGAUAUGUUUAGAAUUUUCCAUUCUUGGAUUUAUUGGGAAACUGUUCAAAUCCAAAGACCUGGAAAAAUUUGCAAGGUACUUGAUUUUAUUUUACGACGAGCAACCUUGUGAUUGGCUUAUCGAUCAUUUCCUAACUUCGAUGACUCAGAAAAAGCGCAUCUUCCACAAACAGUCUUUAUUCCAGCAUCAGGGGGACUGGUCUUCUUCGGAAGAAAAGUCGAGGAAAGGACCUAAUAUGUCGCGGGACAUUUACUUCAAAGAUAAACAAGGAAAAACCACUCAAAGGGCGCCAAAAGGAAAGUCGUGACUUGCAAUUACACUUCUGUAGCUUAAUACAAGGAGCAAAAACGUUCUUCCAAAAUAUUUUUAAGUAAACUUUUUUUUUUACUUUUCAAGAUAAGAAGGAUAGAGGUUGUAUUUCGUGGUACGAGUACGGGCACUACAUUAACUUUUUUCAAAUAUGCAUAUCAUUAACUCUACGUAUUUUGUGUACUGUCAUAUUGACAUAUCUGGAUAUAGAUCGUCAGAGGAUUAGUCAGCGCGUUAAACAAUCAACUUAAAAUCAAAGAGAUCUUAAAUAGUAAAACAAUUACUUGGAGACAAAAAAA